AUGAAUGGAACUGAUGAUGUUGUAGAAAAAGCUUUAGAUUUAGGCACCGCAUACUUUAAGGGUGAAGAUUUUGUCAAGGCUAAAGAUAUUUUCAAAAAGGCAUUGCAACUGGUAAGAUCUUAUGAUGAGCAGGAACUAGGGAGAAUACGAGAGCGUUAUGGCGCAAAAGAAGUCACAACUGCAAGAGAAUCACCUAGUAGCUGCAAAGUGUAUCACCCCAGGUAUGUUCGAAUAUUGGAUAAUCUAAGUGCCACGUAUGAGAAAUUAGGUGAGCUAGAAACAGCGUUAAAGUAUGCCCAAAAGAUGACCGAUGUGGAGCCUUACAAUUUAAAAUGCUUCAUUAGAGGUGGAAAAAUACUGCAGAAACUUCGGAGAGACCGCAGUGCGCUCAAAUUAUACGAUAAAGCCAUAAAGAUGACGAAGCAAACAGAUAGGCAAUUCGUUGUGGGGCCGCAAUCGCGAUGGCUCACAAUCAUUGAUCAACAAAAAAGGUACGUUAGUAAUCGUAUCAAGACUCAAAGCCUCAAUUGUAAACAGCUAAUGCCAGUAUCCGAUUUAUCCUCCAAAAGAACUUACUUGGAUCCCAUUGCGAAAGAACAGCGACUUUUCAAAAAAACGAAAGAUAGUAAAUGUCAGGCCACAUCACCGCAAGUUGUAGCAGUUGAUUUUAUACGCCAACUACCUUUGGAAGUCAUUCCUUUCAUUUUGAAACGUUUUACGUCCAAGGAAUUAUUGCAGCUUGUACCGGUUUGCAAGACAUGGAAGAAUAUAAUCCUCAAGCUGCCAGAAAUUUUCCGAAGCUUUGUUUUACAUCGUGCCUCACCUAAGGACAUUGGAAAUUUCUGUGAUUUUUUACGCACGGUUAGCUCUCAGUACUCAAACCCACUACAAGGGUUUCCAGUGGAGUCUAUACACUUCUCAGUAAAAGCACCGUCGGACGAAAUAAAAACACUUGAUUUGCUAUUUUUACGACUGCAAGAUGUUUGCUUUCGUAAGAUGAUCUUGACAGUUCCAAAUUGCAGCACGUCUCAUUUCGCUAAAAUCACCUCUAAAGAUCGGGAUUUGACAAAAAGAAUGAAUGAAUUAUCAGUUGUUUUAUCAUUGAGGCAAGAUAAGCACCAUGAAAAUAAAAUUUUAAAAAAUUUCCCAAAUCUGAAACGAAUAGAGAUAAUUUUUGAGUCCUCUGUCGUUCCUAUUACAGAACUAUCUUCUGUAAGCCAGGAAGUAAAUGUUGAUGCGGGAUGCAUGAAUGCGAUCGAGUCAUUUAAACUCAUCUGCAAUUACGGUAAAAUAAAAACCUUUCCUUUUCUCGAUCUUUUCAAAAGCGGCGUUUCGAAAAAUCUUUCAAGUUUGUGUAUUACUGGUGUUACGUUUACUCGUGGUACUACUCAGUUCGAUUGGCUAAGAAAUUUCAAAUCAUUAAAAGAUAUUUGGAUCGAAGGCAACAAAAAUGCCACAUUUUCGUCAUUUAUGAAAUUAUUCAGAGAUUAUUCUUUAAGCACACACCUCACAACCUUGACAUUCAGGGAAGAUAGCAUUAGUGCAAGAUUUGACUUGGAGGAGGUCUCAGACGAUUAUUUCUAUGGCAACAAUUUGAAAAAUCUGUCCUCUUUGGAUGUAAUGGGAACUUCUUUAAGUGGAUUAGGCCUCAUGCGGAUUGCCGCUUAUAUGAAUGAUGCCAAUCUGAAGAGAAUUAAUUUUGGUGAUUGCCCAUUUCUGAAACUACAACGCGAAGGGGGAGAUGACGAUUUCGCACUGACAGCUAAUCAUUUUUUCUCUGCGUUACAAAAUAUUGAAGAUCUGUCUAUCCCUCAACUUGGCACCCUGAGUGACCAAGAUAUGGCAAUUUUAAGGAAGGAAAUUGGCAACAUGAAAAGUUUGAAGCGGAUGGACUUGUCAUUGAAUCAGUCCAUUACCGGUGUUUCGGUUUAUGAUUUACUCAAAGCUCUCAAAGAAUCCAGUUUAAAGCCUUUGGAGUACCUUAAUAUAGAUGGUUGCACCUCUGUUUCACACAUUACAAUUAAUGCUCUCAAAGCGCAAGGUCUCGUUCAACAAGUGAGUAGCAUUUAUGAAAAGGUUAAAUGGCGAAAAUUUGGAUUGAAUUCUUAUAAAUAUCAAAAAUAG